GAAAAUCAGCUGGUGUUUGGUAACCGGUUGUAGGGGAGAACGUGAGGCAGAUUGUCACAUGAAUGCCUUAAACUUGAAGCUUCGACAGCAUUUCACAGUUAGAAUUCAUCGUUACCUUUCACAGGAAGAUGCCUCCUCCAGCGGCUGACGGCCAAACCGAGGUGAGAAAGAUGUUAAGGGAAGUGCUGGUGGGUCGGGAGGAUCCAGAGGGCUUCUUCGCCAUGUGUGUGUCCAUCCUAGGGCACCGAGAGACCCGCACAGUGUUCCCGUCCCUCAUCCAGCCUUUGUCCACGGCCAACAGAGCCCUUCACUCCAUCCUUAUCUCCAUCUACCAGGAAUAUUUCACCAAGACUGAAGAUGAUGAGCUGGAACUUGUUUUGGCUCUGUCUCUACUGGAAAUGAAAGAUCAGCAGCCAUCAGUCCCCAGCCAAGAGUGCCAACUUCUGCAGCAGCCUGGAGACAGACACAAUCAGAGCAGCUCUGUUCAACUGAGCUCAGGCUCCAAAUCUCAGGGAAGCAGCUACACCCAGCUAGCAGAUGUACCAGGCACAAGAAAAAAUACAGACUCAGCACAAACUGGACCCUGGAGGAAGGAGAGUCCACCACAGACAACUAAAGAGACUGAGCUUCUGAAAAGCAUACAGCUUGACAAACGUAAGAAGCAGACACCUGGGACAGGUCAACCUGUUUCCAGGCAAGAUACAGUAAGAGCAGAUGAUGAAAUGAUGGGGGAAGAAGAUUUGAAUCAAUCAGAGAAACCAAAGCGCUCUAAGAACAGGAGGCAGCGGAGAAAAGGUGCUGGCCAGCAGCUUUUAGGCCUGCCCGGUUCUCCAUCAGCACCACCGCCGGUAUUGCUGUGGUUCAGGAGGGAUUUGCGACUUUGUGACAACCCUGCUCUCAUGGGAUCACUGGAGGUGGGUGCACCUGUCAUCCCAGUCUUCAUCUGGAGCCCUGAAGAGGAGGAGGGACCAGGGAUUACAGUGGCUAUGGGGGGAGCUUGUAAAUAUUGGCUUCAUCAGGCUCUGUCUUGUUUUUGUUCAUCUCUGGAGCGAAUCGGCAGCCACCUCGUCUUCCUCAAGGCAAACAGAGAGGGGAAUGAGGUGGGAUCUUCUCUGCAGACACUUAAGGAGCUCGUAAAGGAGACUGGGGCAAGAACGGUGCUGGCUAAUGCUUUGUAUGAGCCCUGGCUGAAGGAGAGGGAUGAUGCGGUGGUGUCAGCCCUGCAGAAAGAAGGUGUUGAAUGCAGGGUGUUCCACUCAUACUGUCUCAGAGACCCUUAUUCUGUCAGCACAGAGGGUGUGGGACUCCGAGGUAUAGGUUCAGUGUCUCACUUCAUGAGUUGCUGCAAACAGAACCCAUCGUCUACAUUAGGGGUUCCUCUUGACCCUCCAGUAUCUCUCCCCACACCUUCCCACUGGCCACAGGGUGCACCUUUGGAUACACUAGGCCUUGCUCGCAUGCCCCGAAGGAAGGAUGGCACAACGAUUGACUGGGCAGCUAACAUACGAACAUCCUGGGAUUUUAGCGAAGAAGGUGCACACGCCCGACUAGACGCUUUUCUUCAUGAUGGUGUGUAUAGAUAUGAGAAAGAGUCCGGCAGGGCAGAUGCUCCAAACACCAGCUCCCUGUCACCCUACCUUCACUUUGGUCAGCUCAGUCCACGUUGGCUAUUAUGGGAUGCCAAAGGAGCACGUUGUCGACCCCCUAAGUUCCAACGGAAGCUGGCGUGGAGAGAUUUGGCUUACUGGCAGCUAACCCUGUUUCCUGACCUCCCCUGGGAAUCCCUCAGACCUCCAUACAAGGCUCUGCGGUGGAGCAGUGAUCGUAGCCACCUCAAGGCAUGGCAGCGAGGUAAAACUGGCUACCCGCUGGUCGAUGCCGCCAUGAGGCAGCUGUGGCUGACUGGCUGGAUGAACAACUACAUGAGACAUGUGGUGGCAUCUUUUCUCAUAGCGUAUCUCCACCUGCCUUGGCAAGAGGGCUACCGCUGGUUCCAGGACACCCUGGUGGAUGCAGAUGUUGCCAUCGAUGCUAUGAUGUGGCAGAAUGGGGGCAUGUGUGGCCUGGAUCACUGGAACUUUGUCAUGCACCCCACUGAUGCAGCAAUGACCUGUGACCCCUAUGGCAGCUACGUUAGGAAAUGGUGUCCAGAACUUGCAGAUAUUCCUGAUGAGCUUAUUCACAAACCCUGGAAAUGUCCUGCGUCCAUGCUACGUCGUGCAGGUGUGGUGUUUGGACAGACGUAUCCAGAGCGUAUCAUCACAGACCUCGAGGGCCGGAGGAAUCAGUCUCUGCAAGAUGUCGCUUUGGUGCGCAGAGAGUUUGGACAGUAUGUGGACAAGCGAUCAGGCUGUGACUUGGUGCCUUUGCCCCCACGCUUGGUGUCUGAGGCUCUGGGCUUAUCGCACAUGGGUGGAGCUGUGGUGAAGGAAGGGAAGGAGUUCCUGUUGCCUGUCAUCACCCGCAUGGAAUUCAAACACCAGCUGGAAGACCCGGAUGCAGAUGCUGCAUCAAACCCCUACAACGCUGUUCUAAAGGGAUACGUGAGCCGCAAGAGGGAUGAGACCAUCGCCUUCCUUAAUGAGAGAGACUUUACUGCCAGUGUGAUGUAUGAGGGAGCUCAGAGAAGAGAGAGGCUGGAGAGUGAUUAUCGCAGAAUGGAGGGACUUCCUCUGCUUCCUUCACCUCGGGGCAGAGUCAGACGGACUCCAACAGCCAAAGACAGGUUCUCGAUAGUACCUGGUGGAGCAGUCACUUCACUUAAGUGACACAGAGAUCAAGGCUAAACAUUACAGAUUCUAAGUCAACAAACAGUUGUUAAAUUUAAAUGUACAAAAUGGAGGUAAAGUGUAAAGAUGAGCUGUGAACAUCUAAUCUACAGCAGACCCAAAAAUGUGCAUAGAGGGAACAUUCAUGCCAAUAAAACAGAGACAAAGUUUACUGUAGGGUUGGAAAUGUUCCUAAUGUUUUUUAAUCUCAGGUAAUAAGCAAUUUUAUACCAGCCUUCAUAAAAAAACACUGGAUUAAGUUAGCCUGUGCAGAUUGGUGCAACUUCAUGUUUCAAGUAGUUUUUAUUGUGAAGCAUCAUUUUUAAUAUCUUUGGUUCUUGGGCAGCCUUUUUGUGUUUUUCUAAGGGUGAAAUGAUGCUGUACAAGAUGUAAUUUUUAAUAAUACUUCACACAUUUAUAAUAUAAACUCUAAAUGCUGGGUUGAAAUAAAUGGAAAAAGUAAACCAAA